AUGCUCAGGGCAAGCUAUGGGAUCUGCAGCGUCACUCCUCCUGCCUCGCUCCUACUCCCAACAGCCACACCCAACAGUGCCUCAUCGCCCGUGCUCCCUCUGGUCUGCACCGCUGCUGCAAGUGUGCCCAUGGAUGCGACUCAAGCCACUGCGCUGAUGAAUGUGAAGGUGGCGCUGGGAGUGUCGUCGCUCAAGGGGCUGGGCCUCACAGGGAGCAUCCACUCGGAGAUCUCCAAGCUCACCACCCUCACCGUGCUUGACCUGCAGUCCAACCGACUGGAAGGCAAGAUGGACGCCUUCACUGCCAACAUCAAGGCGCCUCUUGUGCUCAAGGAGCUCUCCGUGGCCUUCAACUACCUCACCGGAUCACUCCCCACCGCACUCCCGACCACGCUCGCCUCUCUGGACGUGCAAAGCAACUUCCUGGCGGGUUCCGUGCCGGCCAACACCAUCCCUUACUGCGCCAGCACGGGCAACUGCCUGGUGGACGCGUCCAAGUGUGCAUCACUGGGACUGCCACAGCGCAGCGCCGCUGAAUGUGCCGUCUGUGACUCCACCAACGGCCAGGGCGCUCUGUGUGCUGCUGCCACCAGCUGCCGGGUUGCUGCUGCUGGGGCUGGGGUGACCACUCCCCCCACUGCGCUUUCCGCUACUCUCACUUUCUUCUGCGAGGCUGUUCCAAUGGACUUGGUAACAACCCAAACGAUGCUGGCCAUCAAAGCUGCACUGGGGGUGACGCUCACAGACUGGGCAGGGUCUCUGGGCACGUGCACGUUGGAGGGGCAGACUCCUGGGCCAGGCGUAUGGACCGGCGUCUACUAUAGCUCCAAGGGGGCUGUUGUGGGCAUCGACCUGAGCUCCAAUCUCUUCCAGCGCCGCCUGGAUGUCUUUCUCUCACUCGUCUCUGCCCUCAAGGCACUCAAGAAUAUUCACCUGCAGUACAACUGGUUUUCCAGCUCCAUCCCCUCCUCCCUCGUCGCCCUGCCUGCUCUCUCCACCCUCAAGCUGAACCGCAACUAUCUGACGGGCACAGUGCCGGCGUUCAAGACGUCCCUCAAGGCCCUCAACGUGGCCAGCAACCUGCUCUCGGGCGCCUUCCCCAUCGCCACCCUCACCGCCUGCGAUGCCCGCUCCAACUGCCUCUCCAGCGCCAGCAAGUGCGCCAACGCUGCCGGCACGGCGCAACGGUUAUCCUCAGAGUGCAGCGUGUGUGGGUCCACCGAUGCUUCUGGCGUUCUGUGUGGGGGAGGGCUGUGCGCCCCUGAUGCCUCCGCCCCUGCUGCCUCCUCCACCCCCAACACGGACGGCCAGCCGCUGCUGCCACUGAGCUGCCUGGGAGUGCCCAUGGAUGCGGCCAUGGGGUUGGCGCUGCUGAGUGUGAAGGCAUCGCUGGGUGUCACGUUCACGGAUUGGAAUGUGGAUGCGCCGUGUGCACUGGCAGGGCAGGCCGUGGUGCCGGGCUCGUGGUCGAGCGUUGUGUGUGACGCCACCGGCAAGGUCCUGAGCCUCUACGUGCACAACAACUACCUGUCGGGCGCCGUGCCACCAUCACUCACUACUUUCUCCGCCCUCUCUGAACUCAAGAUCCAGGCCAACUACCUGACGGGCAGCAUGCCGGCAGCGCUGCCGGCGUCCCUCAAGUACCUGGACGCAUCAGGGAACUACCUGGUGGGAACGUUCCCCACCACCACCACCACCUACUGCAGCUGCGCCAGCAACUGCUUCAAGGACAGCACCAAGUGCACCAGCGCCAGCACGCAGCGUGCACCAGCAGCAUGUGCCAUCUGCGGCAGCACCAACGGCACCGGGGUGCUCUGUGAUGGCGGCACGUGUGCUCCCAGUUCGACGGCUCUGAUCGCAGCAAAGACUGUGAAUACGGGGACGGCUGAGAUGUACUGCGCGGGUGAUCCCAUGGAUGCUGCCAUGGCUGCGGCGCUACUGAGUGUGAAGGCAUCGCUGGGAGUGUCGUUCACCAGCUGGGCGGUGAGCUCGCCGUGUGCCGUGGAGGGAGUGGCAGCACCGCCAGGCGCGUGGUCCAACGUCCUCUGCAACUCUGCCCUCAAACCCGUCUCCCUCAAGCUGUCGGGGCAGAAGCUGGCAGGAAAGAUGCACUCUGACAUCUCCAAGCUCUCAACGCUCACCUCCGUUGAUUUCAGCAGCAACCUAUUGCAGGGCCGUCUGGAUGCAUUCACCACCAGCUUCAAGGCGCUCACCUCGCUCAAGCAAGCAUCCGCUUCUCUUUCUCCCAUCUCCAUCCCCCUCUGCUUCCCCCCAUACUCCCUCCUCUCCCUUCCUCUCCCCACUUGUCCCCUCCUACCAAAUCCUCUCCCCUCCCCUCCCGUCCUCAACUUUCUCAAUUCGUUUCAUCUCAACUCCAUCGCCUCGCCCAUUGCAGCUACUUCGACUUCAGCUGGUUCUGUGGGUCCAUCCCCUCUGCCCUUGUCGGCAUCACCUCCCUCACAUCGUUGUGAGUUGCCUUUUGCGUCUCGUGCAUGCGUUCAUGCUGCCACAUUCGGUGCGAGCUACAACUACCUGUACGGUCCCGUGCCUAAGUUCGGCACGGCUCUCAAGACCAUCGACGUGCAGAAGAACUGGCUGUCCGGCACAUUCCCUGGCACUGGCUUCCUCUCCUGCUCUGCCUCCUCCAACUGCCUCGCCAGCACAGGCGCAUGCAACACCACAGGCACCACGCAGCGCCCAUUGGCUUCUUGCGCCGUCUGUGACUCUCCCACUGGGGCUGAUCCCAUCUGUGCCGGCGGCACCUGUGCUCCCAACACUGCCGCCCCUCUUGCCUCCUCCACCACCCCCACCACCUCGUCUCCCAUUCUCCCGCGCUUCUGUGUUGGUGUGCCUUUGAACGCAGCACAGGCCGCCAUUCUCCUCUCUGUGAAGACGGCUCUCGGGAUCACCUUCACUGAGUGGUCUGCCAGUACCCUUGCACUAUCCCCCAAGGCCAACACCGUUGUCAGCGAAUUCAGGAACGGGCUCAAGGCGAUGGAGCGGCGGCGCUUGGCAGAGAGUGAAGCAGGCAGGAAGAGGGUUCUGCUAGUGGCUCCCCCUUCAGGGCAGGCGGGCCUGUGCACGAUUCAAGGCCAGACGCCCGUCGCUGGCUCCUGGCCGGGCGUGUUCUGCUCUUCUGCCGGCAUGGUCGUCGGCCUGGAUCUUCGGAGUUUCCUGCUGCGAGGCACCGUGCACGCCGACAUCUCCAAGCUCACAACACUCACUGCGCUCUACCUGUCGUCCAACCUCUUCUACCAGCGCCUCGACUCCUUUGUGGCUCCUAUCCUGCCCACGGCCCCUCUCAAGGAGUUCUACAACUAUCUGACAGGCUCGCUGCCCAAGCCCGGUGCCACCCUCAAGAUUCUCGACACGCAGGCCAACUUCCUCUCGGGCACUUUCCCCACGGCCACACUAGCAGCCUGCAACGCUCGCCUCAACUGCUUCAGCGACGCUUCAGCUUGCCCCAACCUGGACGGAACGGCACAAAGGCCAGCAACAGGGUGCAACAUGUGUGGCUCACCAACGAAGAAGCAGCCGACGUUGUGUGGAGGUGGCACCUGCAUGCCUAUCCUCUCUCCUUCCCUCGCUAAGGUUCCCAACAGUGCUGCUGCUCCCAUCCUUCCGAUGGCAUGUGCUGCCGUGCCCCUUGAUGCAGCCUCUGGUGAGCCCCUUCCCUCCUUCCCUCCUGCCAGCGUCGUCACACCACCACCACCAUCAUCCUCGUGUGCUGCAAGCCAAUUCCAUGCGAGCAGAGGACAUGUAAUCCCUUCAUCCCUCACCACACUGAAGACGUGCAUGCACCCACUCAGCAUCCUCUCCCCUCCCCCCCCCCUCCCCUCCACGUGCACUCCCACCGGCAGUGGUGGCACUGUUGAAGGUGGGGGCGGCUCUUGGGGGUCGGCUUGGAGUCUGCACACCUGGAUCCAUCCAACUCUUACCUUCACGGCCUCUAUUCCAACCUCUGCUCCCUCUUUUCAUCCCACAUCUCGCCCCUCCUCUCCCUCCUUCCCGUGCUCCUCUCCCACCUGCUCUUGCAGCGAUCUGUCCUACAAUCUCUUCUCUGGUCAGCUCCCCAAGUUCGUCUCCAACAUGCUGCCGCUCACCACCAUGGCCACUCUGAAUCUCAACUCCAACUACCUCUAUGACAGUAUCCCAUCGGCUCUGGUCAACAUGCCUAGACUCACAGAACUCCGGCUGGGAGCGAACUACCUGACGGGCACGCUGCCAGCCAUGGCCACGCAGCUGCAGGUGCUGGCCAUCGCCAGCAACCUCCUGGCGGGCGCCUUCCCCACGCAGCCCUUCCAGCUGUGCGACAUCCGCAGCAACUGCCUCUCCUCGCCGGGCUCCUGCACCAACGAUGCCGGUGUGGCUCAGCGCACCUCCGGCUGUGCCUUCUGUGGUUCCGCCACGGGCGCCCCACCCUUCUGUGCGGGCACCGCCUGCACUCCCGAUGUCGCUGCUCGCCUUGCUGCUGGCACUGUCAACGACCUUGCUGCCACCCUCCCAGCAAUGUUCUGCCAGGCCGUUGCAGUGGAUGACAACUCGGCGCUGGCGCUGCUGGCACUAAAGGCGGGGCUGGGCGUGAGUGCGAGCAGCUGGGCGGUGGACUCGCCCUGCACGCUGGCGGGCAACGCCCCCGCGGUGGACAGCUGGACGGGCGUCGUCUGUGACCUGUCGGGUCAAGUCCUUAGCCUGUGCGUGGGGGGUGAUGUGUGUGAGGGGGAUAAGUGUGGCAUGUGCUUUGUGCAUCUGUGCGUGAUAUGUGCAUCUGCUAUGUGCAUGCGUGUAUGGUCUCUCACCUACAACUGGUUCUCCGGCCCUCUGCCCUCGUUCCUCCUCACCAUGUCCUCCCUCUCAGCGCUCAACCUACGUUCCAACUACCUCGCUGGUCCCAUCACCGGCACUCCCUCCGCCUCCCUCAAGUCCCUCGACGUCGGCUCCAACCUCCUCACAGGAACCUUCCCAGCAUCUUCAACCACUGCAUGUGAUGCUCGUGACAACUGCCUAGCAGACUCCUCCAAGUGCCUUACCUCUGGCUCCUCCUCCCAGAGGCUCGCCUCUGACUGCACCCUCUAUGGUGCUGGGAGUUCCGGUGCGGUGAUAUGCAAUGGAGGGGUGUGCGCGCCUGACACUACCGGGCCAAUGGCUUCCCUCACGCCUAACGACUACUGGGCUACAUUGCUGCCCAUGCAGUGUUCGGGUGUUCGCAUUGAUGCCACAGCAGUGUCGGUGCUUGGGAGUCUCAAGGCGGCACUGGGAGUGCCUCUCACGGACUGGGGAGGGAACUCGCUGUGCACGGUGGUCAUUGUUGUUUCCGGAGUCAGCAGCUCCUCCCCUGGCCCGAGGGACUUGGGAGGCGUGCUGUGCAGCCCGGCCGGUGCUGUGGUGGAGAUCAACCUCAACACGCGCCAGCUGGCUGGGUCCAUACAUGCAGAUAUCUCCAAGCUCACUGCGCUCACUGCUCUGGUCUUCCACUCAAACUUCUUGGCUGGUCGCCUGGAUGCCUUCACAGCGCCCUUCACCUCCCUCACCAAGCUCGAGAACCUUCAACUGCACUGCAACUACCUGUUUGGGCCCAUCCCCUCGGCUCUUAUUGGACUCAAGAGCCUCUCCAAGCUCCAAAACUACUUGCCCUGCAAGUUUGCUGCUUUAUCUAUCUACCAGACUCAUUCCAAGCCACCGCUCCCCACCACACAUGCCUCAUCCCACAGGAGUCUGGGCUCCAACUACCUCACUGGGAGCGUUCCGGUUCCAAGCACCACCAUGAAGCACCUGGACCUCGAAAACAACUACCUCGUGGGAACCUUCCCAACAGGUUCCUGGCAGUCCUGCUCGGCACGCACCAACUGUUUCUCGGGUGCUGCUGCUUGCACGGUGGACGGAGGCAAAGGGACUGUUCAGAGAGCCUCGUGCAGUAUCUGCGGUAGCGCCGAUGGCACAGGGGCGUUGUGUGGCGGCGGUGGUGCGUCCACCUGCCAGCCCACAGCUGCUUCCCUCGCAUCCCUCUCCACGCUCAACGGCCCCUCUGCCCCUGCACUCCCUCUAGAGUGCUCCUUGCUGCCGGCUGUACCCGUCAACUCUGCUUCCAUGGCAGCGCUGCUGAGCAUCAAGACAGCCUUGGGAGUGACACACACAGGGUGGGUGGCAAACGCUGUCUGCACGCUGGCAGGGACAGGUGGCACUGUAGCGAGCGGGAGCCUGACGGGUGUGGAGUGUGACUCAGCUGGCAACCCCGUCAAGAUCACUCUCAACAACCAGCAGCUGUUCGGAGUGCUCCCUGCUGACGUCACCAAGCUCACUGCGCUUACUCACCUCAACCUGCAGUCCAAUCUCUUCAGGGCACGCCUUGAAGAUUUUGCGCUGAGGCUUCCCGCCCUCACCAACCUGGCCGUGCUCCUGCUGGACUACAACUGGUUCAAGGGCUCGCUGCCCCCGCCUCUCCUCGCCAUGACCAAACUCACCCGCCUGAGCAUGGCGUACAACUACCUGACCUACCGCGUGCCACCGGUGUCAGCAUCGCUCAAGGCAAUCGUCCUCUCCAACAACUUCCUCUCGGGCACCUUCCCUGCCAACUCCGCCACCUCCUGCGUCUCUUCUGCCAACUGCUUCACCAGCGCCACCUCCUGCAACACUCCUACCGAGGGGGGCAAUACGGCACAGCGAGCGCCGGGGUGUGAUAUCUGCGGCAGUGCGAGUGGUCAGGGCAUGCUGUGCGGUGGUACAGGGGUGUGCACGCCCAAUGCCGCUGCACUGUUCACUGCCAAGACGGCGAAUACUGCUGCUGCUGCUGUUCUCCCCAUGGCUUGCGUUGACCUUGUGUGCGCUGCAGCUGCACCUGUUGCCUGCCCCACUGACUGGCGCUGCCAGGGGCUGAAGUGUACGGCACCUGCUGUCUCCAACUGCAUUGGCUACCUCUGCACUCCUUAG